GCAUCACAGUGGAUAACAAGAUCAAGUAACGCAUGGCCAAAUUAUAACGUCAAACAAAGUAUUAUAAAACAUGGAGUACUUUUUGUACCAAUCGGAGUUAAGGGAUCGCCAAAAAGAGGAUAUAGAAUGGCGAAUUUCUUUUUCUGUUGGUGAAAAAUUUCUAAUUAAUACUUUUACACAUACUCAGUUAAUAUGUUAUGCCCUACUGAAAAUUCUUUUGAAAGAUGUAAUAGCCACCUACAACGAAUGUGACAAUUUGCUAUGUUCAUAUUUUUUGAAAACAGUUAUUUUCUGGAUAUCAGAAGAAUUACUACAAUCAAUAUGGAAACCAGGAAAUCUUAUCCAUUGUUUCAUCCGAUGUUUAAGCAGACUGAUUUAUACUGUUGACUAUUCAGUUUGUUUACAUGACUUCAUUCCAGAGAACAACAUGUUUGAGAACAAAAUAGAAGGACGUGCUCGUGGAAUACUUUUACAGAAGUUUUAUACACUGCAUAGUUACGGAUGGCGAUGCAUGCUAUUUUCAGAUCAAUUAUCUAACUUUCAUGUAUCAAUGUGGAUGGUUGACAUUGCACCACUGGUAUUGCAUUCUGACAUAGUUGAAAAAAUACUGAACUCAAGAUUAUUAAAUGCUAUGCUAUUUAUUCCUGGAGCUAAUAUAUACAAACCAGUAAUACAUCAGAUAGUUUCCUGUGAUCAAUCUUCGAACAAAUACUUGCAUAUAUUCCAUAUGUCAUUGUUGUGUGCACAAUAUGCGCAAUCUUUACCACUGAACAGUAACAGUGUUAAUAAUAAAUAUCAAUACCUAGAGUACAACUCCUGUCGUUGUACUCUGCUACAGAAUAUAUAUCAUGACGCUGUAUCCGGAUGGGUGAUGUUAGCUUCGUUUUUCUGUAAGACAAAACAAAACGGUAAAGAUUUAUACGUCAUCAUGUAUUCUAUUUCGAAAUUUACUCCUGAAAAAUUAUACUGGUUAAUGGGUAUGUCAGACAAUAAUUACCGAUCGCUCGAAAUAAAAUCAUUCAAGAAAAGUAUUGUUCAAUUACUGAAAAUAAUGGUUGUAGAUGACAUCAUAUUUUAAAGUAACUCUGAGUUAUUACCAGAUGAACUACUAAUGAAAUUCAGAAUUGGAAAAUAGACAUCAUUCUUAACCGUCUUUACCGUAUGCUUUUUUUCUUAUUUUCUUUGCCAUUAUCAUCUAAAAGACAUCAGACAAUGUCAAGAUUGCCUUCUUUAUUUACAAUUGGCAAUAAAAGGAAAUUUAUUUCACGAAAAAAAAUACGACAAAAGCUAAAGCCUACAAUUUUCUUGGUAUAGCUUCACAGAUGUUAGGCGACAAUAAAUCUGCCCGACAUUUAUUCAUGCAAUCAGUAGAAAUACUUCCGGAUCACCUUUAUAACACUUCUGCAAAGCGCCUUUCAUUAUUGAG